AGGAUGUUGGAAACUUUACAUAUGGUCCAGGGCAUCCGAUGAAGCCUCAUAGAAUGCGAAUGACUCACAAUCUAGUUGUGAAUUAUAACUUAUUUCAUAAAAUGGAAAUACUUACUCCUAAACGUGCAUCACCAAGACAAAUGACGCGAUUUCAUACUGAUGAAUAUAUUGAUUUUUUGCAUAGAGUUACACCAUUAAAUGUCGAAGAAUUAUCUCAACAACAGACACGAUUUAAUAUGGGAGAAGAUUGUCCAAUAUUUGAUGGAUUAUUUGAAUUUUGUUCGAUUUCAGCUGGUGGAUCGAUUGAUGCAGCAAAUAAAUUGACUAAUGGUGAAGCAGACAUUGUGAUUAAUUGGUCAGGAGGACUUCAUCAUGCAAAAAGAUUCGAAGCUUCUGGUUUUUGUUACGUUAAUGAUAUUGUGUUGGCAAUUCUAGAAUUAUUAAGAUGUUACCAACGUGUUCUUUAUGUUGAUAUUGAUAUACAUCAUGGAGAUGGGGUUGAGGAAGCUUUUUAUACAACUGAUAGAGUUUUAACAUGCUCAUUUCAUAAAUUUGGACAAUUUUUCCCAGGAACUGGCGAUGUUUCUGAUAUAGGGAUUGCUAAAGGUAAACAUUAUGCAGUGAAUUUCCCAUUAAAAGAUGGAAUGGAUGAUACAAGUUAUAGUAGUGUUUUUUGUCCGGUAGUUGAACACAUCAUUAAUUGGUAUCGUCCAGGAGUAAUUGUUUUACAAUGUGGAGCAGAUUCACUUGCAGGAGAUAGAUUAGGAUGUUUUAACCUUUCAAUGAAAGGUCAUGCAGAAUGUGUAAAAUUUGUUAGAGGGUUUAAUUUGCCUUUGUUAGUUGUUGGAGGCGGUGGAUAUACUAUUCGUAAUGUCGCGCGUGCAUGGACUUAUGAGACUGGCAUAUUAGUGGGGGAGAAUUUACCUGAAGAAUUACCUUAUAAUAAUUAUUUCGAGUAUUAUGGACCAGAAUAUAAAUUGGAUGUUCCGGCAAAUAAUAUGGAAAAUAUGAAUACAAGAUCUUAUCUUGAAAACAUGAAAAUAAAAGUAUUUGAAAAUUUACGAAAUUUAAAUUUUGCUCCAAGUGUUCCAUUACAAUAUAUUCCACCUAGCAUUUAUGAUACAGAUUAUGAUGAUGAAGAGGAAGAGAAUGAUCCAGAUAUAAGAAUGUCACAAGAUCUAAGGAAUUUAAGAAUAGUACCAGAAAAUGAAUAUUCUGAUUCUGACGAUGAGAUCGGAAAAAGCGAAAGAAAUUAUUACGCUAAUGGAAAUAGUAAUUCUAUAGUAUGGAAUUAUAUGAAUAGAUAUUAA